AUGUCAAUUGAUCCAAGAGAUGAAACUAUUAAUUCAGAUGAUUUAUUGAGUGAAGAUUCUUCAGAUGAGAUGAAAGAUUUAUUAAAAGAAUAUCAAUUGAAAUUGGAACAAUUGAAGAAGAAGAAAAGAGAGAAAAAGGAAAGAGAAGCUAAUGAAUUGAAGUUACCCCAGGUAUCACGAAGUCCAGAAAAGAAGAAAGUUGAAGUGGAAGCGGAAAGGAGGAUUGUUGCACCAAUUGAAGAUAAACCCAAGGCAGAGGAGAAACCAAAGUCAAAUUUUUUAAACAAGUUGCUACAGUCAAGUAUACAAAAAGAACCUGCUAAAAACAUUAAUUAUAAUGAUCGUAAAUUUGAAUUUGAAUUAACAGAUUACAAGUUUCAACCUAAAGAAGUGAAUGAAGUUGAACCAUUAUUUGGUGAGUAUUUAAGGAAACGUUAUAUACCCAAAGAACAAGUAAAUCAAAUACUAUCUGAAACUGAUCCAAAUUUAAAAAUAUUAAAAGUUGAAAAAUUAUUAGCUAAAACAAACUCAACAAAUCAAUAUAAAGAGCCAAUGUAUACUAAUUGGUGUUUAAUCGGAUUCAUCACAUUUAAAUCUGAUAUUAAAAUAAGUCAAAAAAAUAAUUCAAAAUAUCUAAAAUUUAAAAUUGGUAGUUUUAGUCACUAUGUUGAUUUAAUCAUGUUUGAUGGUUUAAUUGAUAAAUAUCAUAAACUACAACCUGGAGAUUUGGUAAUUGUUUUAAACCCAAACAUAAGAAAGUAUGAAUAUAAACAAGAUGGCCAAGCUAAAUUUGGAUUCAAUUUGGCUAUUGAUGGAGAUAGUAUACUUGAAAUUGGAGCAAUUAGAGACUUUGGAUAUUGUAAAAGUAUAUAUCCUAAACAAUGUUGUAAUGUGAUAAAUAUUUCUAAUCAAGAAUUAUGUGAUAUUCAUUUAGAUUCAAAAUUUAAGAAAAGUUCAAGAAUGGAAUUAAAUUCUGUACAAAUGAGAUCUCCAAAAAAGAGAAACAACAAUAGCAAUACUAAUUUUGCACACGAGAAGGAGAUAAAUGAAGAUUCAAAGUUUUAUGGUGGUGCUACAGAUAAACUAAAUCCAAGAUUAUAUCAAAAACUGAUAUCCACUACACAACUGAAACGAAGGAGGUUAUUAGAUGAAAGAGCGAAUAAAUCAUUAGAAGAUAAGCUAUUUAGGUUGGAGAAAACCACUAAUCCACUUGUUAGCACGUUAAAUUUGAGCUCAACUGAAAAACCAAAAAAGCCAAUUUCAAAACAACAACAACAAGAACAUGAAAUAAAUAAACAUAAGGAUUUAUUGAAAGAUCUAAAAGGUUUUACAUCUCAAUAUAAUAAAAAUAGGUUUUUAGAUCAAUCAGAAGAUAGUAAAUUACUGAGAAUAGAAAAAUGGAAACUAAAUGUCAAAAGAUUGGAAAAGAUUAAAAAGAGAUCAAAUGAAUUUUUUAAUGAAGUAAAUGAUAAUGAUGAUGAUGAUGAUGAUGGCUUGCUAAUAUUAAAGUAA